CACACAGAUGUGGGGCCCUUAUUGGCCCCUAGAGCGUGGAGGAGGGACCUGGAGCCUGUCAUUGAGGGACGGACGGAGGGAGAGACCAAGAGAGUUUGCUGGAGCUGCAGGUAAACGGAUGUCAUGAAACACUAAUGACUAAUGAGCAGAUCCACUGAUUACUGCAGCUUCUCCUCUGAUCGGACUCGGCGCAGCUGGCGCGCGCGCGCGUGCGUGAGGAACACAAUCUCCGUCUGACGAGGACCCGCGUUUGCACACCAGCAACUUCCAACACAUUUUUUUUUUACUUCCAGCAUCCAGGAUGAAGCCCAACAAAAGAGCAUUUGAGGAGGACCAGAACGGAGACACUGAGUUUUCUGCCAUGUCAGACAGCGACCCGUGUGAAGACGACACUUACCCUCUCAACCUGUCCACCAGCAGCAGAAGAAGCGGGUCUGCAGCCAAACGCCGCCGUCGAGGAAACCUCCCUAAAGAAUCCGUUCAGGUUCUGAGGGAAUGGCUGUACGAGCAUCGCUUCAAUGCUUAUCCAUCAGAGCAGGAGAAGCUGAGCCUGUCUGGACAGACGCAUCUCUCUGUGUCACAGAUCUGUAACUGGUUCAUAAACGCCCGCCGGAGGCUCCUGCCGGACCUGCUCAGGAAAGAUGGCAAAGACCCCACUCAGUUUACAAUGUCACGGCGCACUAGCAAACCAGACAGAUCCGCCUCCCCGGAAUGCCCCGCCUCUUCGACCCGCCCCUCUGUUAUUUGCCCCGCCCCCACUUUGGACUUGAGGCUGUUGGGUAACACUGCGACGGCAAUUUUGGCCGGAGCCGGUUGCUUGCCAUCAUCAGGAAACCAAGAUGGCAUUCAGGCUCUGAUGCAGCUGGACACUCGAGGUCUGCUGAGACGGGAAGGACUAACUGGAGACCAGUACCUGACGACCAUCCCGCUUGCUUCUACCUUUGUCCCAACCCUGGGAGCGGUGAGCCCGACUGGGGUCCUGUUCAACACGCCUCCGCCUACCCCACCAGAGCUUUGCCCUCAAGAUUUCAGUGAUCUGAAGCUUCUGGUGGACGCGGCCCUGCAGCGAGCGGCCGAGCAAGAAAUCAGUCUGCAGAAAGAACAAACGAUGCAGCAGCAACCAAGCGAAAGUUCAAGAGCGAUCGUCCAGAAUGGCAAUUCGGAGACGCCUUCAAGGGACGAGUCCAAUGCUGCACCGAGCUUAAUGGAGAACGCAGUAUUGCCAGUGUCGGUUCCAGUCAUGAGCCAUGCUUUUCCAGGCCUUCCCGUCGAUCUGAGCACGGCCGGUGUCUCCGAUGCGGAAUCUGGAAGCUUUGCGUCUUCUGGGAUGUGGAGCGUCCGACAACCCGGUCCUCCUGCGAAUGUGGUAUCGCAUACAUGGGUUUCGCAGUACACGCGUAAUACGGAAGCGGUUAACUAAAAACUCAAGCAGACCAACUCACUUUAGACUCUUGAGCAGAUGUAAACCUGCCUCCCCAAAUGGUUGUCAUGGAUAUCACUUCAGGAGAUUCCGGAGUGAAGCUUCUCUACACCACAAUAUAUUUUUGAAGACAUUUUAAAAACGUUUACCUUUUUAACUACAUGAAGUUUAUGGGCAUGCAUAAAAUGCUCUUUGUAAAAGAAUCAAGCAUUUCAGACUCUGGGAUCUUCGAGACCAGUUGAAGGUCAUUUCAGGCGGAAAUAUUUCCAUGUGCAAACACCAGCAAACUCCAAGCCUGUGCAACUCAGGUUUACAGCAAAGAGAUUUUCAUUAAAAAGUUUGUAAUUGAAGUGACCUUGCAUUGUUUUCGAUAAAGAAGCUCCACAUAUAGUUGCUCUUGCCUGUUUGCAUCAGUAUAUCCACGUAUAGCAUGUGUGCAUGCUUUACUUCUGUGAGAUCUGUGAAUGCAAAAACCAGCAUGCAUUGUUAAAAAUGAUCAGAGAUUAGCGACCAAAAAUGCUCUCUUGGGUUUAAUACUUUGCUCUGAAUUUGCCUGAAAGCCACUGCUUACGAAGCCUCUACUUCUACAACCUCAGCUUUGAAAGUCUUUCCCAAUAGUGUUUGUCAUAUUUCCUGCACUUUAUAGUCUCGUUGUUAUGCUAGGACCGUCUGUUUGGUCUCAGAAUAAGAUCCGAGCGCUCUCUCGUGUGCCGUGACGUGCGUCUGUCAGGAAAUGGAUCGUACUGCAGAGGUCAUCCCUCACGUCUCGUGUCUGUCUGAGAUGCGGGAGGGAGGUCGUCUCAUUAAUAUUCUUCACUUCUCAUGUAACGUGAUCGUAGGGCUGUAGCUUUAUUUUUACUGAAAUGAUUAUUGUUCUGACAGUAUUGUUUGGGUAUGUAGAUGAUCAGCAUUAAUUACUGUGUUUAGCAUAUCUCAAUGUAGAGGGAGACAUCAUAUGGAUGUGUUAAUGAGUCUGAGCGAAUUUAUUCGGAAGACUGAAAAUGUUUGGGAGUUUUUUUACGAUAAAGGAGUUUUGUGCAUUUCCAAGAUGAAUUUAAAGUCUGCUCGUACCUCUCUGAGAUUAACUCAAGUGCUUCUUUCUCUCUCUGAAUCUGUGAAUGUAUCUAGAGAACUAACAAAUAUUAUUUAGAAACCAUCUUUCCAGUGUUUUUAUGAGCUAUUUCCUCUGUCUCUUUCUCUUUUUGGACACUAGAGAUCCUAGAUGCAUUAUGAUUUUAUGCUUGUAGUUUCAAUGAAACGGAGAACGUGUACAGAUAGUCAGAUUCAUCUUUAUAACCUUUAAGUAUUUUUAUAAAGCGGUUCACAUUAUUUCAAUUUAUUUUCUCAUGAACAUUUCAUAAUUCGGAUUAGUUUGCUAAGGUAAGUUCUCAUUGAGGUCAGUGCAAAGCGUAGAGUUCACGUUCUGUAGUACUGUACAUGUUUCUUCUUGUUGUUUUUCAGUACAUCUCAGGUUUGUUUUCAUUUGACCUUUCCUUCUUAGGUUUGAGUCGUUUUAAUUUCCUUCUCUGACAUCAAAAGGGAGUUUUUAAUUCUAUUCUAGAAGGUGCAUCUUUUUUUUUUUAUAGCCAUGUUUGAGCUGAUUAUGAGAAACCGUCUGUCAUACUGUAGCAUCACAAAAUGUAUUACAGAUCUAAUUAACUAACACUUCAAAACCACUGUGAUCAUUCGGUUCGUUACUGGAACAGUGAUAGGUACUGGAAGUAACUCUAUAUUUUUCAUAUAAUAUACUCUAUUUUUUCACCUCUUCAGAAAGACCGAUAUUAAUAUUCCUGGAACUGUAUUAUUGAUGUUCUUAUUUCAAAAAGGGUUUUCUAGAUGUCAAUGUGAAACAUGUAAAUAUCAUUCAGGUUUUUGUCUGGCAUAGACCUGUUUUGAUUGUGUAUGCAUCAAAUAUGCGUAGCUCUCUCCUGUACGACCAAAUACAUGGAUUUUGUUUAAUGAUCGUGUGUGUGUAUGUAUAACUGAGGACAGUAAAACUGGCAUUUGUGCCUUACCUGCUUCCUUAGAAAACCACCUUUGGACUAGUCUGUGCAAUAUCUGCCUUAAGAUUUUAUUUGAUGUCCUUUUGUACAAGCAUUACAGAGAAAUAAAGCUUCGUUUUUCAUA